AGAAUUUUUUUCUUCUUGAAAAAAAAAAAAAAAAAAAAAAAACCUAUAAAUAAGCAGAGAGAGAGAGAGAGAGAGAGAGAGUCUGGAAAUCAAUCUGUGGAAUUGUAAUUGUGAGAGUAGUAGGAAUUGAAUUGGGUAAGUUAGUAGUGGAUUCAUAUGAUAUGAUAUGAUAUAAAAAUUAUCAAGAAAGAAAGUGUAAUAUAUAUAUAUAUAUAUAAUCAUAGCUUGGUAGCAUGGAAGAGAUCGUAGAAGAAGAAGAGGUCAAUGUCAGCAAAGGAGGAGUGUUAAUGCACAAUAGCAUUAACAUUAACAACAAUAACAAUACAGUCGAAAUCAUUCUCCGAACCAUUGGCCCCGCUCGCCCCUCUCGCCUCCGCGUCCCUUCUCCCAUCAAAGUAUGUCAUUUGAGAAAAUUGAUUGCUGAGAAUGAUCAUCUACCAAUUGAGAAUUUGAGGCUUAUUUUGCGAGGGAAUGUAUUGCAUGACCGCCAAAAUGGGGAUGAUGUCAGCCUACAACUCAAUAGUGGUGAUUCCCUGAUUGUUGCUGUCAAACCUAAGCCACCAGUGAAACAUGUUCGUGAUGGAUUUGAUGAUGAUGAUGAAGAAGAAGAUCUGAAGUUUCAGCUCCCACAAUCAUCAAGCCGGUGGAAAAGAAGACUAUACUCUUUUCUACACAAUAAGUUGAAGCUUCCAGAUAUCCUUUUGAUGGCAAUUUUCACUCUCAGUCUAAAGAUGUGGGUUGUUAUUAUCUUGUGGUUUAUCUUGGCACCAGUUGCCCAUAGAUGGGAUCUUGGACCCCUAUAUAUACUUGGAACAGGUUUUGGUAUCAUUAUCCUGAAUCUUGGACAGAGGCAACCUGGUGACGUAAGUGCAUACUCGGUUUUUAAUGAAGAUUUUAGAGAACUGCCUGGGACACUUAAUGCAGAUCGUCUUGAUAGAGACAUACGAGCAGGUCAAUUUUGAGCCUUUCACACCACAUAUAUAUGAUCGUCCCAAUGUAUUAAGGACAUAUUGUAAUGAUGUGUAUCAACAGAACUGCACAGAAGUAUUGAAUUCAAGCUGACAAAUUGCAAACUUAAGUAUAUCAUGAAAGUUUCUAAUUUUUCCCAAGUAUCUCCUCAUCAA